AUGGGGAAGGCAUACAGUAUCGGCCUGGCAUGCUUUGCAGCCAUUGGCUCGUUUCUUUUUGGUUAUGACUCGGGCGUGAUGACAGACGUAAUUGCGUCAAAACUUCCAGAACUACUUCGACACAACAUCCACGUCCUCCAUUAUAGAAAGACGAUAGGAAUCGGUGCAGCUAUUUGCACGGUUGGUGGUAUUCUUCAAGCUGCAGCCUAUCAUCUAGCUAUGAUGCUUAUUGGACGAAUUAUUGCUGGUUUCGCUGUUGGCUUGCUCUCUAUGAGUGUUCCCGUCUAUCAAUCCGAAUGCGCCAGCCCCAAAUAUCGAGGACUCAUCGUCGGUCUCGCCCAACAAAUGAUUGGAGUAGGUUUCAUCGUGUCAACUUGGGUUGGAUAUGGAAGCCAUCAUAUGCCCGACACUUCAUCUUUCCAAUGGCGUUUCCCCUUGGCUUUCCAGACAUUCCCAUCUGCACUUUUGUGCCUGGGUAUGCUCUGGCUCCCCGAGACACCCCGACAUCUCAUCGCGACAGAUCAGUUGGAUGAUGGAAUGAGAACUCUUCGAAAACUGCACUUUGAUGGCUCGAAUGAUGAAUGGAUCACGUCCGAGUUCAAUGAGAUCAAGCUCACGCUUGAUGCCGAGAAGGCAGCAACUGCUCCUGGUUGGAUGAUCAUGUUCAAGGUGCCUCAGUGGAGGAAGCGCCUUAUGCUUGGAACUCUUGUUCAAGUAUUUACCCAAUUCACUGGAAUCAAUGUCAUUGGUAUACACCCACUAACAGAUAUGCACAGUUACUACCAGACCAUUAUGUACGAGAAGCUUGGAAUUACUGGAAAGACAAAUCUUCUGGUUGCAGGCAUUUACAACUGUACCGGCCCUCUUGCGAAUCUGUUUUUCAUCACCUUCAUCUCUGAUAGGAUCGGCCGAAAGAGGCCUCUGAUCUAUGGUAUUAUUGCCAUUACCAUUGCUCUGAUCCUAGAGAGUGCGGUCAACUCUCAGAACGUCGAUGGCACACACCGUGGCCUCAGUAUUGCCGGGGUUGCCUUCUUAUUCUGUGUCACAAUCAUCUUCUCGCUAUCGUUUGGUCCUGUAUCAUGGACGUACAUGUCUGAGGUUAUGCCCUAUCAAAUCCGAGGAAAGGGUUGCGCAUUCGCCACGGGUAUCGGUAACUGGCUUGUGAGCACUUUCUGGAAUCAAGUCAGUCCAUUUGCCCUCGAGGAGCUUGGUUGGAAGUUCUAUUUCCUCUUCGUUGCUUUCAAUCUUGUCAUCACACUACCCACCCUCAUCUUUGCCUUUCGAGAAACAAAGGGCCUAUCCCUUGAGGAAAUUGAUCUCAUGUUUGGUGAUCGGGCUCUGGGAAACCUCCCUGCGGAUAUUGAGAAGGACGGCGGCGUCAUUGCUGUGACAAACACCCAUGAUGAGAGACCUCACCAGGAUCUUUGA